AUGCCAAGAAGUUCUAAAAAAUAUAUCCAAGUAAAUGGAUAUAUCCGAAAUUUCGUUCAUUUCAACCCAUCAUAUUUACGACCAAAGAAAUUUCUUUUAAUAAUUUCAUUUGUCAGUGUAUUCAUUACUUUACUUAUAUUUUAUAAAUUACAUUUUACUCCUUAUAAAUAUAGUCAAUUUUUAAUUGGAAUAUCUCAUGAAGCUUACAGAAAUGGUGUGAUUAAAUGUAGUAUGAUAAAAAGCAAUAAACUUGAUAAUGUGUAUCCACGAACAAGUAAUCCUAGGUUCGUUCCAGGAACAAAAACUAUUGUUUUCAAAAAUGGGAUGAUUUUAAACGGAAAAGGAGAAAAUAUUUUGGGAGAUCUUAUCUUAAAAAAUGGAUUGAUUCAUGCUAUUGGACAAAACCUCUCAGAUGAAGCUGAAGCUAUCGUAAUUGAUGUCAAAAAAAAAUAUAUUACUCCAGGACUUGUUGAUAUGCACAGCCAUGCUACUAUCUCGUCUUGGCCAUUCUUAACUGGUAGCGAUGAUGGUAAUAAAGAAACAUAUCCGCUUACACCUUAUGUUCGUGCACUGGAUGCUAUCAAUCCGAAUGGUCCAGUUUUGACUGGUAGCUUAAGUUUGAUGAGUGGUGAAGGUUUCGUUAUCAAGAUGCGACCAGUUGAUACUUCUUCAGUGGAUGAUAUGGGAAUUAAUGCAAAAAUUGAUACAGAGAAGGAAAGAGUCUGGCGUUGGCUAAAAAUGGCUUGUGGUGAAAAUCCAAAGGCUCAACAUAGUCCUCUUAAGAAGGCACCCACUACACGAUUAGGAGAAGCAUGGCUAUUCCGUGAACUCUUUGCUGAGGCACGAGUAUUGAAACAGAAACAAGAUGAUUGGUGUAGCGCUGCAACAAAAUUAAGUAACAAUGAACAAUUGAAUUCAUAUUUUCCGGAGGACCUUCAACUCGAGAGUUUGGUGGCAUUAUUAAGAGGGGAUGUGAAAUUAAAUAUUCAUUGUAUUGAGCCUUUUGACAUAGAAACAAUGAUUCGGCAUUCUUUGGAAUUUAAUUUUACUAUUGCGGCAAUACAUCAUGCAUCAAGUGCUUAUAUGAUUACUGAUAUUAUUAAAAAACGAGCAAAAAAUAACAUUACUGUUGUGUUGUUUCCUGACCUUUGGGGACAUAAAAAGGAAUUAUUUCAAGCUAGUACAAAAGCCCCUAAAAUUUUUGCAAAUGCUCAAAUUCCUGUAGCAUUGAAGUCCGAUCAUCCUAUAACAAAUGCACAACACUUGGCAUUUCAAGCUGCUAAAGCUUAUCAUUAUGGCCUUGAUGAGCAUAAUUCUCUUGCAGCCAUUACAUCAGUGCCUGCAAAAGCACUUGGUCUAGAUCAUCGAAUUGGUCAAAUUUCUUUAGGAUAUGAUGCUGAUGUUGUGGUUUGGGAUUCUUAUCCUCUUUCAUUGGGUGCAACUCCAUUAGAAGUAUAUAUUGAUGGAAUUCCCCAAUUCAACACUUCUUUAAGUGUGCUAAGCAAUGAAACAUCAAAACAAACUCCAUCAUAUAAUAAAAAUGUAUCUAUGCCAAAAUCUGAUCUUACUGGAAAACCUGUUAAAUCACAAACAACUUCCUCAGUCAUAUUAAAAAAUAUUGACAAAAUUUUUGUUGAUAAAAAUCGUACACUUUCAUCAAUAGAAGGACCAAUUAGUAUCGUAGUUAAAGAUGGCAUUAUCGAAUGUAUUGGCAUUAACUGCAUGAUUCCAAGUAAUAUUUCAUCAUAUGAAAUAAUAGAUUUAAAGGGUGGCUAUGUAUUACCAGGAAUUAUUGCUAUUAGUCCUGGUUUAGGACUAGCGGAGAUUGAAUUAGAGUCUUCUGCAAACGAUGGGCAAGUUGUUCCUAUAAUCAACCCAGAUAAUGUUGAGGAUAUUAUUUAUGCAAUAGAUGGAUUAAAAUUAGGUGGAAAACAUUUAGAGACUACAUAUAAGGCCGGAGUUCUCACAGCUGUAACUGCACCUCUUUCUUCUAAAAGCGUGUUUACAGGAGUUUCUAUGGCAUUUAAAACUGGUGCUGGUUCUAUUUUCGACUAUGAACCAAUCAUUAGUGAAAAUGUUGCAUUGCAUGCAAAGAUAGGCACUCCAUACAAAGAUGACCGUAUACCAACAGUCUCAGGCCAGAUUUCUCUAAUCAGGAAAGCGUUAAUGAAAAACCUUGAACAUCAAAAUCUCUUCGGUCGUGUUGCACGUGGAGAUAUUCCUUUUAUUGUAUAUGUUGACAGUAAAGAUGAAAUUGCUUCAUUAAUUAGAUUGAAAAUUCAAAUUAAAAAUUAUGGAGGAAAUUUAAAGCUUGUUAUUUCAGGUGGUGCUGAAGCUCAUAUGCUUGCUAUAGAAUUAGCCAAGAAUGAAAUACCCGUAAUACUUAAUCCAUCAAGACCUACACCAAAAUUAUGGACAGCUCAACAUGUACUAACAGGAGCUCCUAUUACAAAUAAGACGGGAAUAGAUAUUCUUUAUGAAAAUAAUGUUAAGAUAGGAAUAGGUGUGGAUUUAUAUUCAUUAGGAUUUAAUUCAUAUUUAUUAGGAUUCGGUUUGGAAAGAAAUUUAGUUUGGGAUGCUGGUUGGGUAUUACGAAAUUCCAAAGAAUUAAUUUCGCAAGAAGAUGCUGUUGGAUUUAUUACAUGGAACUUGGAAGAAAUUCUUGGUUUAAAAAUGAAAAAUGGAUUACUUAAAGGUAAUAUUGCAAAUUUUGUGGCAUAUAAUGGAAAUCCCUUUGAUAUUAAUACGAGAGUAAAGAUUGUUGCUGGCGGUGGUAGAAAGGAUAUUCUUAUUGAUCCAGAACAAGAUUAA